CUCGGUAUAAUGUAAAUCCUACAUUAAGUAGGAUUAUAACGUAAAGUGUGCAAUGAGAAAUAGACAGUAAUCAGCGAAAAUGUCUUCGGAAACUGACGACAAUGUUUUCGACCAAGUCAUGUUCCAAGUGGGAAAUUCGGGGAAAUUUCAAAAAAUCUACAAUUUUAUUUUCAACCUAGUUUUCGUUUUUGUAGCCACUAUGGCCAAUUUUAACACAAUUAUUUCGCUUUCGACACCGGAACAUUGGUGCAAAGUGCCCGGAAAGGCAACCAACAUGUCUAUAGACUUGUGGAAAAACCUCACAAUUCCGCGAACAAACAGCAGUGAGAGUGAAUUUAGUCAGUGUAGCAUGUUUAACAAAAGUGACGAUUAUUAUUCGGUUACUGAUUGUUUACAUGGCUGGGAGUAUGACCAAACUUACUACACACAAACAAUCGUAAGCCAGGAAAAUUGGGUAUGCGACUCUAAAAUGCACGCCACAAAUUUGCUAGUGUUUGGAAAAAUCGGUGAAAUUUUAGGGACAAUUUUCAGUCAACUUGGAGACAUAUACGGCCGUCGCCCAGUUUUCUACGCCGGAAUUUUAACUGUAGUCAUAGGCCGAUUAGGUCUUUUGGCAUGCAAGGGCUUUUACCUCCUUUUUGUCGCAUUUCUCAUAAUUGGAAACUUGUCAGGAAUGGCCCUAUUUCAGGCGCCUUUAGUCAUUUCAGUGGAAAUAUCAAGUGUGGAAGACCGAGCAAUGAUCCCACUCUUGCAGUGCGUUGGAUGGACUGUGGGUCUUUGUUUAUCGCCUUUGAUUUUUUGGGUGGUGGGUGAUUGGGUCCCUUUUACCGUUAUAACCACAGUGCCUGUUUUGGUGUUUUUGUUUUUCCGACCAUGCAUGAUUGAGUCGCCUCGCUGGUUGGCCAGUAAGGGUAAAAUCAAAGAAUGUGUGGUGGAGUUGAAAAAAAUCGCAAAAGUGAACCGAACGCAAUUAUCUGAUAAGCUUUUGGUUACUCUUAAUAACAAACCGGUCAGUGAGGAGAAAAAUUUUGGAGUGAUGAGCCUUUUCGGAAGCUGGAAGUUGGCGAAAAAAUCGAUUCUGAUUAUCACGGGAUGGAUUUGCCAAAUGAUGAUCUAUUUUAUCCUCUUCUUCAACGUCAGCAACUUGAAGGGAAACCCCUUCAUGAACUACUUCUGGCAAGGUCUGGCCGAACUUCCCGGCUAUUUCCUCGGCAAAUACCUGAGUGAUGCAGUCGGUCGCAAAUACACAAAAUUCGCCGCUUUUAUCGGCCUCGGAAUUGUUGCAAUCAUCUUAGCAUACGUACUAUCAAUUUCAGGCAACAUAAUAAUAAUCACAGUCUGCGGAAGUAUCAUGAAAUGUAUAUCGUCGAUAGCUUUCUAUGCCAUUAAUUUGCAAACUUUAGAAAUAUACCCCACGUGUUUGCGCCAAACUGGAUCUUCGAUGGGCUUCCUAGUCGCGAGUCUUUUCGGGAUUUUGACACCAUACGUCACCUAUCUUGGGACGUCAAUCAACGCGAGCUUGCCUUAUGUCAUUAUCGUAAUUUUAGCAGCAGCUGGUGCAAUAUUCGGCAUGUUUAUCCCGGAAACUCUCAACGAAAAGCUUCCGGAAUCUAUUAGAGAAGCUGAGGAAUUUGGCGCCGAUCAGAAGGUCUGGGACUUCCCCCGGGGCAAACUAUUCACUCAUAAACCUGUACCAAACAAUGUUUUAUAAAUAAAUUUUUAUCACAAAUUUAAA